GUUGCAUGUGGGUCUCGGCGAACAGCUGCCCCCGAUGACGCGCGCCACGCGGCCUUGAUCCCUGGCGCAUGCGCAGUGAGAGCAGCGAGUGAGUGUUCCGUCGCCCCGGCAGGGCGCAGCUCAGUUCCGCUCGACGCUCGCUGGAGGAAGGCAGCUAGCUGUAUCAGCAACUGCUACUACGUGAUCAAGUCUGCUGGUCCCUGGAAGAUGUCGAAGGCUCUGGUGCUGGUGCUCGCUGGCCUGCUGCUGGUGACGGCGGUGCUGGCCCGCUCCACGCAGCAGUCCACGAGGGGCGCCGCGCAGGUCCAGGCCCAGGGCGGCCGGUGCGGCCGGCACGGCGACACGUGCGUGUCGGACAGCGACUGCUGCCAGUCCAUCAAGUGCCACCGCUACGCUAACCGCUGCCAGGUGCAGAUCAGCAUGGAGGAGCUCAUGGCCCAGCGGGAGAAGAUCCUGGGACGCCGCGGCCCCGACAACUAGUGGUCCAGCCGGCCGCUUGUUCCCGGCAACGCUGCAGCUCGGAUAGCACCCAGCUUGUUCCCGUAUCCUUGAGUGUGUUGUGACGGGAUUGACAAACAAAUGGAUAAAAUAAACGACAUAUACUUUUGUUUA